AUGCACCACCCCCUUCGACAGCCGCCACCCAUUCCCACAGAGCGGCGCCCUUCUUCCUCGAGCGACGAUACCGCGAAACCGUACAACCUCUUGAGCAACCAACCGCGCGCCCAUCAAGUCACAGCAGCCGCCGCUGCAGCGGUCGUCGCCUCGGGGAAACGAUCAACUCCCAAUCCCAUUUACACACAUUUCACCUCACAUGCGAACUCGAGUACCUCGAGUCUUCAGAACUUUUCUCGACCCAAUCUCUCCGCAAACCCUGGGCGUUCUCCCACCACGCCUACCACCAACAUCGACCCCAUAUCACCGCGUCUCGUCCCCGCGACUGCCCGAUCAGUAUCCUCACAGACAUCCUCUAGUGUAUCCUCAACGAGCAAGAUCGGCCACCAAAGGAAGUACUCGAACCAAGGCCACUUUGAGCCGACGUUGCCCUCGACCUCGACCUCGAAUCUGUCCCAGGUCGGCAUGGCGCAGUCUGGCUCCGCUGCCGCAGCUCUCUCUGCGAGCCAGAUCGCCGCUCAAGCUGCCGUCCUGAGCCAUCAGCAAACUGCCGGCCAACACUCUCGACAACGAUCACAGACUGUCCCGACCCCGGGCCAGUCCGAGGUCGAUGGCCAAAGAAAACCCACCCCUAUCAGGGUAGGGCCGUUGAGCCCUCCCCUAGUGAGCCUGACCGAAGCGAGUGUGCCCCGAGAGAGCGGCUUCGCGAACCAAAGUUACCGCAACGGGCUUCUAGGUAGCCAUAGCACGGCUGCAACGACCGCCGCAAAUGUCGUCUUUCCCCGGUCCGGGCCGACGUCGCCAAUGCAGCCCUCACACUCACCCACCGCUCAAUCCUCAUUUGCCUUGCCUGACAAGCCCCUGAAGCCGGAAAAGGAAAAGUCCAAAGUAAAGCUCUUCUCCCGCCCGCGUAAAAUUAGCACCAAGGGCGAGACCGACGAGAAGCCUCUUCCUAGUCCCGGGAAGAUCGGCUCCGCCUUGUCUGCUUUGCAGAGGGGAAAUUUUAGCUCCACGAGUCUGGUUGACUCGUCCAGCGCGUCCUUUUACAAUCUAGGAAACUCCUCCGCCGCCACCAUACGCCCCGUCGACAACGAAAAAGAGGGCAAGGAAAAGGAGAAGAAGCACCAUUUUCUGUCGCGGCAGAAGCAAAAAUUAAAGGAAGAAUAUCACCUCACAAGUAGCUCGAGUACACUGAAAACCGCCGACUCACAUGGCCUGGGUAACCUGUAUAACUUUAGCUUGCCGCCCAGCCCCGCGCCAACCAUGACCUCGUUCCCAAAGAGUAUAACUGGUUUACAUGGUGGCAGGAGGGAUAAGCGCAAGGAUGAGCGCUCCGAGAGCCGCAUGGACAACGAGUCCAUCUUUUCUUACCCCACCGAGUCCCUCGCGGGGUCGUACCCUUCCAACGCGGGAUACUUGGAUUCGCUAGACGCGGGGAAGUACGGCCUCUCCUCCAUAUCCUAUGAUGACGCCUGGCCGUUUUUAAAGGCCAAGAUCCUCGUGGUGUUUCAGGGAGAGGACCUCCGUAUCAGCAUAGAGGACCUAAACAGAGUGGUAACUCUACAUAUCCAGUACUGCAUUCAGAGGAGAUCCCCAAACAUCAUCCUCGAGGAUAUCCGUGACCUCCUGAGUACCGGCUUCUUAUCUCUCGACCAGGCCCUCCGGAAAACGCCCGAAGACAGGGUCAUUCCUGCUCUAGUUGAGCUAUGGCUCUUCACCUUCACCUCUGUUCUCCCCUACAUGCAGGCCGUCUUUCUCCCUCUCGACCUGGAGUUUGCUGGGGUCGGUAGUCUCCUCACCCCGGACAAGGCCCGCGAUUUCUGGGGCGGUGUCCUGGAGUCGGGCGUCCAAGGCUCCCAUGUAGCCCCGGCGUCCGCCGUUAUCGACGUACGACGGCUUGUGCUGAAUGCCUACCGUGAUAUCGUCAUCCUCCCGCGCUAUGACACGCUCAAAACGAUAUUCUCCCGCCUCUCGCUCGAGUUUCUCCCUUCAUCCUUGGCAACCAUGGCGCUCGCGUCGCCACCGCCCGAGCCCAUGAUCCUUUCCACCAGUCCUUCGGGCUCCUUUGGUUCGUUUGGACGACCAGGUACAGCUCCGAGCGUGGACCCGGCGUUCUCAAGCUACAAUUCAUCAGCGUCAACCCUCCUGAGCGAAGCUAGCAUGAACCUACCGCGGACCCGCGCCAUCUCCAACGCGCUCGGUGGCGGCGCCGCCGUGGGCCCGCGCGAGCAAAACGUGGAGGACUCGAAGCAGGUUACCGAACUCGUCGGCCGCAUGCUGCAGUGCAUGAGUGUGUUGGCGAGCGUUGGCGCCGUCGGUGACGGGACCGACCUCAACUGGUUUGGUCGAGGGAGGACGGGGCGGAACAGGCGCGGUAUCGUGGGCGGACGUGUCCGGAGGGGCAAUACCGGGCCUUCGCAACAGUCGCAGCUCCAGCAGCUCCAGCAACUUCAGGGCAGGGAGGAAGUUCGAGUUGCGUGA